ACAGCAGACUUAUGCACCACAGAGCUAAGAGGAACAAGCUUAGUAACAAGCACCUGCUUUUUUUUUUGGCUUAGUAACAGAGAUAAAUUGACUAGAAUUGAAGAUGGCGGUCCCGAGAAUCGAUAUCGGUUCACCAGCCGAGGCUACCCAACCCGCUGCCCUUAAGGCUGCAUUGGCUGAGUUCAUCUCCAUGCUUAUUUUUGUUUUUGCUGGAGAAGGUUCCGGCAUGGCAUUCGGCAAGCUUACAGGUGAUGGUCCUGCAAGCCCUGCUGGACUGGUAGCUGCUGCAUUGUCUCACGGAUUCGCACUGUUUGUGGCCGUCUCAGUGGCUGCUAACGUCUCUGGUGGUCACGUCAACCCUGCCGUCACCCUUGGUGCUUUCCUUGGUGGUAAAAUCUCCUUCUUUAGGACUAUCCUAUACUGGAUUGCUCAGUGCCUUGGUGCUGUGGUUGCUUGCCUCCUCCUCAGCUUCUCCACCGGUGGACUGCCAACCUCUGCAUUUGCUCUAUCUUCCGGGGUGACUGUCUGGAAUGCCCUUGUCUUUGAGAUCGUGAUGACCUUUGGGCUCGUCUACACUGUCUAUGCCACUGCUGUCGACCCCAAGAGGGGUGACAUUGGCAUCAUUGCCCCCUUGGCCAUCGGUCUCAUUGUUGGAGCCAACAUCUUGGCUGGUGGUGCCUUUGAUGGUGCAUCCAUGAACCCAGCAGUGUCCUUCGGCCCAGCUGUUGUCAGCUGGACAUGGAACAACCACUGGGUCUACUGGCUCGGUCCAUUCAUUGGUGCUUCAAUCGCUGCUCUCCUUUACCACUGCGUCUUCAUUCAGCCAGACAACUACGAGGAGCUUCCCUAAUCUCUCCAUAGCUCAUUAGGAGAAGAAAAUUCCUCUCUUUCAUCAGCCUAUAUGUUUGAAAGGCAGCUGAUGCAUUGUAUAUGUUUCUUCUUUUUUUUUCUUAAGAUGAUCUGAGUGCUUUCUCCAUCAUGUACUUUUUUUUGUCAACAAAUUCUGGCAGUUCAAUUGUGAAUCCUGGUGAUAUGAUAUUCCUUCGCUUCAAUGAAUCAUUUGUUAGCUGUUA